AUGAAGACUUCCAAGUAUGCACCAAAGACACCUGCAGAGAGCCUAGCGCAAUCAAAAGCCGAAAAGAUCAAGCAGGAAAAAGGCCGAGUUACGCGAUUGUUAGGACGCGUCCGUUGGAAGGCAGAAAUGCUCAUGGUGUCUUACAUGCGAACGAUGGAGAUUGUACAGGCAGCCGCUCAGCAAAAUGGCGAUCACAAGUCCCAACACGCAAUGGGUAGCGGCGCGUCGAGUAAGCAAGCCGAAUCCAUGUUCAAGGUCGAUUUCUUCGAGUUCUACACGCUACUAGAGCGCUACAUCACAGACUGCCUCGCCAUAUUCGGUGUUUCUGUAUCCGCCUCCGCACCGCGUACAAACUUCAAUGCCCUACGUUACGAGACCAAUCCCGACCUUCACCGAACGCGACCCAUGGCUUCACAUGCAUUCCACGCCAACCUUUUAGAAGCAUUGGAUGACGAGAAGUGUCCUUUGGCAGGAUCACUGGGUCUACAGGACGUCCGCGUACAACUAGGCAUUGCAAAGGAAUAUCGUAAUGCGUGGAAAGACGCUGAUAGCAAGGCAAGCGUAUCCAGCGUCGACGCGCGCGCAAAUAUAUCGCUUCAAGAUUUGCAGCUAGAACACAUGUUGCGCAAUAUCAUUGGUGGAUGUGACCUUGCUCACGAAGUAGUGCAGCAGCAUUCUGAUGGUACUACGAACGGUCGUAGUCUAACUAGCCAAGACUUCGAACCUACGACCUACGGGUAUACUAGCAUGGAGAUCGAAGAUACGCCCUUCGAAUAUAUGGAUGACGCUAUGGAUCUGGAUUGA